CUUACACUGCGUCUGAAGUCUGAAGAGGAGCUGCUGUUUGUCUUUCCUCCUCGCUUAGAAGAAGCCGUUUGGUGUCAUUUGUCUGCUCUUUCUAACAACACUAUCUACCAGCUUGUAGCGACUGUUUCUUUGAAUCAGGGUUUUGAAGUCAUGGUGGGUUGGCAAAGACAUCUACAGUCUUUGAUUCGUCAAGUUGGGAGAAGAAGUGCAGAGCACAAUCACAUUGCCCAUUUUUCUACUACUACCACCACUACAUCUCGCUUGGAUUCUUCUCUUUUACAUGGUGAGUUGUCUUAUCUACCGAGGUUGUGGAAAUUGCCUUCUCCUAAUGUUUCGACAAGGCCUUUUUAUCAUUUCUUGCAACAGGCGGGCAUUUCCAAUUCAAGGAAACUACUAGCAGAUUCUUCAGAGGAGCAACCUGUUUCAUCUCCAUUCACUCCUAUGCUAGCAUUAGAGAGUGGAAAAACUGAACAAAAGGCAGUCUCUAAACCUGAAAAGGUUCAAGCAGUGUUAAAGGGCAUAAAAAUGAGUCCUAAGAAGCUCAACUUGGUUGCUGCAUUAGUUCGUGGCAUGCGCGUUGAAGAUGCACUAUUGCAAUUGCAAUUGACAGUAAAGCGAGCUGCAAAAACCGUCUUCCAGGUUAUUCAUUCAGCUCGAGCAAAUGCAACUCAUAAUCAUGGGUUAGAUCCUGAUCGUCUCCUUGUUGCUGAAGCAUUUGUUGGAAAGGGAUUUUUUAAGAAAAGAAUUUCCUACCAUGCUAAAGGAAAAUGUGGAAUUAGAGAGAGGCCCGAGAGUCGACUGACAGUAGUAGUAAGGGAGACAACCCCUGAGGAGGAGGCUAAGAUCGCCAAGCUAAGAGUCCACAGUUUCCGCAAGCUCACAAAGAAGGAAAGGCAGCUGGUACCACAUAAGCUUAUUGAGACCACGUCAAUAUGGAACCGCAAAGGCAAAGCUGCUGAUCGACAACCAAGUGGUGUAGCUGCAUGAACCAGCUUUUCUCUUCCAUAUUUCAAAUCCUAGUAGAAAGUUCUGUAGAAGUGUUAAAAAAUCCCCUUCCAUGUCCUGGCAUCUUUGUUGAGACAAGUUUUGUAGAAUCGUGUAUGCCAAAGCAUUGGAAUGUGAGCAAUCUUGUUUUCAUCUAAAAUGAUGGCUGAACAUGUAUGCGAAAUUGCAGUGAUAUGAGUGAUCUUGUUUUCGUCUCA